AUGGAUGUCAAGUUGCCAAGACUGAGAUGGAAAAUAGGCAAACGGUCCGCAAAGGCCAAGGGAUUAUUCAGAUGGAGAUUGACUUGUGAAGUUACAGCGUUCAUUCGUUCACUGAGACUGUAUAAGGUGUGGAUGUACCAACAACAAUUAACAACAAAUCAGUACUCAAAACAACCCAUCCACCACCAAUCGUCACCUUCACAGAACGUACAUCAAUGCAUCCACGAAGAAGUCCACCCGGGAAGAACAGAAGAAUAUCAUGGCCAGUUACCAUGGGAGUACACACACAUCGACCAGACCCAGCUCGAUUUGAAGCAUCCACACGCCCGACUCGGCUGGCUGUGGUCACCCACCCAGUUGUGGCGGCUGGGGGCUUCAUUUGAGCAUGUGUGUGUUCAUGUUGGCCGAUGA